UCCUGCGCGAGUAAAGUUCAGCUCAGUCCCAGCGCUUAUCCUCUGGCUCUUCUGCUGCUGCUGCUGCGCUUUUACCUCUGGGCACUUAAACGCGAUUCUCUCUCCUGCCUGUGGAAAAACUACCCGGGGAGGGCGAUCGCCUGCGUCUCGGACUAGAUACUGUCGCGGCACAGACCCACCCAGGAAAGGCGGUUCUUUGUGGGGCAAAAAGUGAACGCUCGCAAGUCGCAUCUUCUCGAGAAGGGAGGGGAAGACAGAAGCCGGAGAACUGCUGCUCAAGCCCGAAGUACACCGAGGGGGGCCAGGGGAUUUGGGAGACGGAAAUCAUUGAAGUCUGACAAACUCAUUGCACUGACCUUGCUGGGAGCAUCCUGGAGCUUGCGCUGGAAUUACUGAUAAAUGCAGCAGAGUCGCAGUGAAAGCGCAAUAGUCUAAUGGCUGGACGUACACUGCGCAACAUCGCAUUCUGAAAAUCGGAUAUUGUUGGAUUUUUACCAUUCUCGUUGCCUAGUGGUUCCUAUGUGGAUGUGGAGAGGAGAUGGGGGUGCAGGCUGUGUUUGGGCUGUGUGUCCUGCUCCUGGGGAUGCGGUGCUGUGACGGCAUACAGUGUCGAGGUGCCAGUGAGCCAUGUUUAAAUGAAGGAAAGUGUAUCACCAAUGACGAUGGCUCUGCAUACUGCAAAUGCACAGAUGCAUUUGUUGGAGCCUAUUGCCAACUGCAAAACCCUUGCCAAGAAACCAAAUGCCUCAAUGGAGGCACAUGUAAAGUCAGCCCUGACCUCUCUAAAGGCGUGUGUACCUGCGCCCCAGGAUUCAGCGGGGAGAACUGCAAGCAGCCAGUCGCCAACGUCUGCUCCCUCACCCAGCCUUGUAUGAAUGGCGGCACCUGCCGCUUGCUUACCCUGGAACUCUAUCAAUGUAUCUGCCCCUUCGGAUGGAGAGGAAAAGACUGCAGAUUCAUUGAUGCCUGUGCCUCUCAGCCAUGUGCCAAUGGCAGCACUUGUAUCCCCAAGGAAAACCAGUAUGCUUGUACUUGUCAGGCUGGAUACACCGGCCCCAAGUGUGAAGUGGAAGUGAACGAGUGCGCCUCAUCUGGAUUAUGCAAAAAUGGAGGAACCUGUGAGAACCUUCCCGGGUCCUACAGGUGUCAGUGCCAUCCGGGAUACACUGGUCAGCGCUGCGAGAGCCCCUUCAUCCCUUGCUCUCCUUCCCCAUGUAUGAAUGGGGGCACCUGUCGUCAGACUACUGAUUUUGCCUAUGAGUGCAACUGCCUGCCAGGUUUCGAUGGGAAAAAUUGUGAAACCAACAUAGAUGAUUGUCCCAGUCACAAGUGCCAGAAUGGUGGAACCUGUGUGGAUGGGGUGAACACAUACAACUGCCGGUGUCCUCCCCAAUGGACUGGUCAGUUCUGCACAGAAGAUGUGGAUGAGUGCCAGCUCCAGCCCAAUGCUUGCCAAAAUGGAGGAACUUGCACCAACAGCAAUGGAGGCUACAACUGUGUCUGUGUUAACGGAUGGAGUGGGGAUGACUGCAGCCAGAAUAUUGAUGACUGUGCCACUGCUGCCUGUGCCAAUGGGUCUACUUGUAUUGAUCGUGUUGCUUCCUUUCUUUGUGUUUGUCCAGAAGGAAAGAUUGGACUCCUGUGUCACAAAAAUAACGCCUGCAUUAGUAAUCCUUGCCACAUAGGCUCUUUGUGUGAUACUAAUCCUCUGACUGGACAGGCCAUUUGUACUUGCCCCCUUGGGUACAAAGGGACUUCCUGCACUGAGGACAUAGAUGAAUGCUCUCUGGUUAACAGUAAUCCCUGUGAGCAUGCAGGAAAAUGUGUGAAUACUGAAGGUUCCUUUUACUGUGAAUGUUCCAAGGGCUUCACUGGGCCCCGCUGUGAAAUGGACAUUAAUGAGUGUAUAUCUGAGCCAUGCCAGAAUGAUGCCACCUGUCUGGAUAAAAUAGGAGGCUUCACAUGUUUGUGUAUGCCAGGUUACAAGGGAAUACACUGUGAAAUUGAGAUCAACGAAUGCCAAAGCAACCCCUGUGUGAACAAUGGACAGUGUGUUGAUAAAGUCAAUCACUUUGUGUGCGUUUGCCCUCCAGGUUUCGCCGGAACAGUGUGCCAGAUUGAUAUAGAUGACUGCAACAGCACUCCAUGUCAGAAUGGCGCCAAAUGCGUUGAUCAUCCAACUGGCUAUGAUUGUCUUUGUGCAAUAGGCUUCACAGGUGUUUUGUGUGAAGAAAAUAUCAACAACUGUGAACCACCUCCCUGUCAUUAUGGAACAUGCCAAGAUGGCAUCGACUCCUAUACGUGCAUUUGUGAGCCUGGCUAUAUGGGUGCCAUAUGCAGUGAUCAGAUCAAUGAAUGUUUGAGUAACCCUUGUCUCAACGAAGGCCGAUGUGUUGACCUUGUCAAUGGGUAUCAGUGUAACUGCCUACCUGGAACAUCUGGUCCAACAUGUGAGAAGAAUGUUAAUGACUGCGCAAGCAACCCUUGCACCUAUGGGAACUGCGUGGAUGGAAUAAACCGCUAUGAUUGUGUCUGCUCCCCGGGAUUUACAGGCCCGCAGUGUAAAGAUGACAUUGAUGAGUGCGCCUCGAACCCUUGUCAUAAUGGAGGAACGUGCAUAAAUGAACAGAACAGAUUCCGCUGCAUCUGUCCCGAGGGAUUUCGACAGCCCAGCUGUUUUUCGCAGGUGGACGAAUGUGUCAAUAACCCGUGUAUCCACGGCAACUGCACAGAUGAUGUCAAUGGGUACAAGUGUCUCUGCCAACCAGGCUGGACCGGCAAGAAAUGUGAAGGGGAUAAAAACGAGUGUCUCUCCAACCCCUGUCAGAAUGGGGGGACAUGCAAUGAUCUGGUGAAUGGAUACAGAUGCUCCUGCAAGAAGGGGUUCAAGGGUUACAACUGUCAGAUUGACAACGAUGAAUGUGCUUCAAAUCCGUGUUUGAACCAUGGGACAUGCAGAGAUGGGAUCAAUGGUUACACGUGCCACUGUGUGCUGCCGUACACCGGUACAAACUGCCAGAACAUUCUGACCCCGUGUAACCCUGAACCGUGCUACAAUGGUGGAAUUUGUCAGGAAUCUGAAGAUUUCAAAAGUUUCAGCUGUCUGUGUGCAACUGGCUGGCAAGGUCAAAGGUGUACUAUUGAUAUUGAUGAAUGUAUAACCAACCGCUGCGAAAAUUAUGGUCGCUGCCAAAAUACCAAAGGCGGAUACAUAUGCCAUUGCCUCGAUGGCUUCGGUGGAGUCAACUGUGAGAACAAUAUUGACGAUUGCCUUUCUAAUCAGUGUCAGAACGGAGCUUCCUGUGUAGAUGGAAUAAACACUUUCUCUUGUAACUGCCUGGCGGGUUUCCACGGGGACAAGUGCCAGAAAGAUGUGGAUGAAUGUGCAAGCAACCCUUGUAAAAAUGGAGGCUCCUGCACAGACUACGUCAACAGCUACACGUGCAAGUGUCAGCCGGGAUUUGAUGGAAUCCACUGUGAUAACAACAUUGACGAAUGCACAGACACGUCAUGCUUUAAUGGUGCUACCUGCGUGGAUGGAGUUAAUUCCUUCACCUGCCAGUGCCCUCAGGGUUUUACAGGACCAUUUUGUCUGUUUGAGAUCAAUGAGUGUGGGUCACACCCCUGCAUUAAUGGGGGCACUUGUGUGGAUGGAAUGGGAACAUAUCACUGCACUUGUCCUGUUGGCUACAGAGGCAAGAAUUGUGAGGAAUUGGUUGAUCUAUGCAGUGGUUUUCCAUGUAAAAACAAAGGCAUCUGCAAGCAAGUGAAAACAGAACCUAAAUGCAUUUGCCCAACAGGUUGGACCGGCAUUUACUGUGAUAUUCCAGAUGUCUCUUGUGAAGUGGCAGCGUCUCAAAGAGGUGUGGCAGUGCAAGAUCUGUGUCAGCAUGCUGGUGUUUGCAUCAAUACUGGCUUCAGUCACCGUUGCCAGUGCCGACAAGGCUACAUGGGCAGUUACUGUGAAGGGGAACUGGAUGAGUGUGCCUCCAAUCCGUGUCAGAAUAGCGCUACUUGCGUGGAUCGUCAUGGGGGAUAUGAGUGCAAGUGCUUGCCAGGGUACCAAGGAGUAAACUGCGAGUAUGAAAUAGACGAGUGCCAGCUCCAGCCUUGCCAUAACGGUGGGACUUGUGUUGACUUAGUGAAUCAGUUCCGAUGCUCCUGCCCUCCAGGAACACGAGGUGCCCUCUGUGAAGAAAACAUUGAUGACUGUGCUCCGAGCUCUGACGGGCCGCACUGUUUCAAUGGUGGAAGGUGCAUAGAUAGAAUUGGUGGCUACAGCUGUGAAUGCCUCCCUGGGUUUGCAGGGGAGAGAUGUGAAGGGGAUGUGAACGAAUGCUUGUCUAGUCCUUGUAGAGCAAAGGGAAGCCUGGACUGUAUUCAGCUGGCCAACAACUAUCUUUGCAAGUGCAGGCCUGGAUUCACAGGUCGCCACUGUGAGACAAUACAGGAUUUGUGCCCAAGUCGACCUUGUCUGAAUGGUGGGACAUGCGCAGUUGCUGUGAAUAUGCCUGAGGGAUUUACCUGUCAAUGUCCGCCAGGCUUUUCUGGUUCUAAAUGCCAGUACAGUAAUAAUACAUGCGGACCCUAUAAAUGCAAAGUUGGGGAAAACUGUAUUCAGACUCUUUUGGGACAUGCAUGCCAGUCUAAUUCGGGCUGUGCUAGCCAGCCCUGUGAAAACAAUGGAGCUUGCCAGAGAAAGGAUCAACCUCCUUAUUAUACUUGUCAUUGCCCUAAAGGAUUUGUUGGGCCCCAGUGUGAAAGCCUAUUUCCCACUGAAACCGAUCGAUGCCACAUCUACCAAUGUCCUGAGAAAGCCCGAGACGGGUAUUGUGAUCAGGAGUGUAACAUACACGAGUGUCUUUGGGAUGGUGGAGACUGCUCUUUAACAAUGGGAGACCCAUGGGCCAACUGCUCCUCCUCACUGAGAUGUUGGGAACUUUUUAAUGGUCAAUGUGAUGAGCUGUGUAAUACACCUGAGUGCCUGUUUGACAACUUUGAGUGUCAAGAAAAAGAACCAAUCUGCAAGUAUGAUAAGUAUUGUGAAGAUCACUAUGCAAAUAAUCACUGUGACAAAAGUUGUAACACGAAAGAAUGUGGCUGGGAUGGACUUGACUGUUCUACAGAUAGACCUGAGAAUCUUGCUGAGGGUACCUUGGUUAUAGUAGUGCUCAUGCCCCCAAACGAACUUCUAAAAAAUUCCAGAAAUUUUCUCAGGGUCUUGGGCAACAUCCUUCGCACCAACCUAAGAAUCAAGAAAAAUCCAGAUGGGAGCUACAUGGUGUUUCCAUAUUUUCGAGAAACAGCAAGCAGCCACCGGUUACGUAGAUCUGUCUUAAAAUUACGAGUAGUCCGGGAGAUGGAGGAGCAGCCAAUUGGGUCAAAAGUCUCAUUAGAAAUUGACAACCAGCAGUGCGUCCUGGAUUCAGAUCAGUGCUUUAAAACGACAGACUCCGCUGCUGCCCUACUGGCUGCCCAUGCUGUACGCGGUACACUCAAUUACCCCCUGGUCUCUGUGGAGGUUGAAAAUGAUCCACAGUCGCACCUCAUACUGAUGUACAUAUUGCCCGUCACAUUGGCCAUUAUUAUUGUCAUUCUACUGCUGGUUGUGCUUCUGGCGAAAAAGAAGCGCAAACAUGGCGCCCUUUGGUUCCCAGAAGGUUUCCUCCUGCAUCGGGACAACAGCAAUCAGAAGCGCAGAGAGCCUGUUGGGCAGGAUGCUGUUGGUAUGAAAAAUCUAUCUGUGCCCAUAGUGGAUGGAAACUUACUGGAUUCUAAUCAAAAUGAUCACUGGUCGGAUGAUCAAGGACCACAGCCCAAGAAAUCCAAGUCUGAAGGUCAGGCUCUCCUGUCGGGAGGAGAUGACCAAGUAGAUAGCCGUCAGUGGACACAGCAGCACCUGGUGGCUGCAGAUAUUCAGAUGACCCCAUCAUUUGCUCUCACACCUCCUCAAGCAGAGCAAGAAAUCGAUGUCAUAGAUGUCAACGUGCGAGGGCCAGAUGGCUGUACACCUCUUAUGUUGGCCUCAUUACGAAUGGGAAACACACACCUAGAAGAGGAUGAUGAUGAGCCAGAAGAUCCAUCUGCUAAUGUUAUUACCGACCUGAUUUAUCAGGGAGCUUGUUUGCAGGCCCAGACAGAUCGCACAGGAGAAACUGCUCUGCACCUGGCAGCUCGCUACUCAAGAGCCGAUGCCGCCAAACGUUUGCUGGAUGCUGGAGCCGAUGCCAAUUCUCAAGAUAGUAUGGGGCGGACCCCUCUUCAUGCAGCAGUGUCGGCUGAUGCACAAGGGGUUUUCCAGAUUUUGAUCCGAAACAGAGUCACUGACCUUGAUGCAAGAAUGAACGAUGGUACAACUCCUCUGAUCUUGGCUGCCCGUCUCGCAGUGGAAGGGAUGGUUGCAGACUUGAUAAAUUGCCAGGCUGAUGUUAAUGCAGUGGAUGACCAUGGUAAAUCUGCACUUCACUGGGCGGCUGCAGUAAACAAUGUUGAGGCUACAAUGGUUCUGCUCAAGAACGGAGCAAAUCGGGAUAUGCAAGACAAUAAGGAGGAAACUCCCUUGUUUCUUGCUGCAAGAGAAGGUAGUUUUGAAGCAGCUAAAAUGCUUUUGGAUUACUUUGCAAACAGAGAAAUCACUGACCAUAUGGAUCGUCUUCCUCGUGACAUUGCCAAGGACAGGAUGCAUCAUGACAUUGUGCGUCUGCUGGACGAGUAUAACUUAGUCCAUAGCCAACAAGGACAGGCUGGUACAAUGCUUACAAACUCUCUUUCAUCAGCAGUCUGUGGUUCCAACAGAUCUUUCCUUAACCUGAAACAUGCCGCACAAACCAAGAAGACCAGGAGACCAAGUGCCAAAAGUGUAGCACCUCGAAACCUUCCAAACUUAGCCAAAGAACCAAAAGAUACCAAAAACAGGAGGAGGAAAAAGUCAGAUACUGACACUAAAGGGCAGCUUUCUGAAAGCUCAGUAACAUUAUCCCCUGUGGAUUCUCUUGAAUCUCCCCAUGCUACUUCAUCUCCAACCAUUAAAUCUCCUGGAGCUCUGCAUACGUCCCCUGGACAAAUGCUUGCCACAUCUACAUUGCAGCCACCACACACAACUAUGUCUUUGACUAAUCUUCAGCCCAUUGGUUGUGCAGCCAAUAAUAUGCUGCCUUCUGUUGGACAGAUAUUAUCACACUCAGCCCAAAAUAAUGUUCUUACUGGACAAAGGCAGCUCAAUAUAUCAUCUGAUUGGUUGAGUCGCAUGGAAAGAAACAACACCCAGUAUAAUGAAAUGUUUGGUUUAGUCUGCCAUGAUACAAAUAACCACUCAUGUAUUCCUCAACAAAAUGGGAUCAUCCAAGCAGAUAUCAAGCCAACGCUGCAUAUGGGUGUGGCUAGGGAUGCUUUGCCACCAAUUAUGACUUUCCAGCUUAUCCCAAAGAGUGGAAUGAAUCAGCAGUCUGGCAUCCAGACACUAGUGCAGCAGACGAGUCACUGUCAGAACGUGGGUGGCAUGUAUCAGAUGCAAGACAGAGCACGGUUUACUGGCUCUUCUGUCCCUAUAGCAAUGAUGCAUCAGCACGAUGGACAGUUAUCUCAAACAAUGCUCACAGCUUAUCAUCCCCUUCAGAACUCAAUGGGAAAAUAUCCAACCCCACCAUCCCAACACAGCUACGCUUCCACUGACAAAACCCCAAACCACAAUGGACAUUUACCAGGAGAGCAUCCUUACUUGACCCCUUCACCAGAAUCUCCAGAUCAGUGGUCUAGCUCGUCGCCUAAUUCUGCCUCCGACUGGUCAGAUGUUACAACAAGUCCAACCCCUAAUGGCAAUCAAAAAAUUCCCAGCAAACAUAUGCCUGAACAAGCACACAAUGGCAUGCAGAUUUAUGCGUAGGACAUGGUGCAAUUUGUGUUUAAUGGUUGAACAAAUGAAGGCUAUUGGAGACAAUUCAUUCUUUCAGAAGUUGCUUCAUCUGUGGCAUCUGCCUAUAAAUGUCCUUGUACCACACAGGUACCCAUUUCAUUUGCAGAUGCUCCUUUAUCAACUGAUGAAAGGGUUCAAUAUGUAUGGAAUGUAAUAACGCUUCCCGACUGAACAAAGGAUCUAGACUGAAUUCAUACAAUGUCUUAGAAAAACAGAAACAUUGCUCAGAUCAGUAUCUGGGCUUAAAGAACAUUUUCAGUGCCUUAAUUAGAGACACAGGUCAGUCCGAGCAUGAGAGAUCCCUUCUGGAGACGUGCGCUUCUUACACUGACACUUCCUUCCUUUUCCCGCUCACUGGGAAUAACUGAAGAUCAAAUCCAUGUGCAACAUUUAAAUUGUAGUCAUGGAGGCAGGGGUGCUCGUGUCAGUCCCAUUUACAAGGGAUGUAUGUUUAUAUAUAACUACAUGUUUAAAUGUAAAAUAUCAUUUGAAAUGCCUUUUUUUAUUCUCAGCUUUUUAAGACCAGUUUAUGUCAAUAUUCCUUUUUUUAACUUAUCCAACUCAUUCCACUUAGAAUGUUGUAAAUAAAAAAAAAAGUUGACUUUUGUCAGUAGAAAUGUUAUAGCGACUCCUGUGCCCAGUGGAUUGUGUCACAGUGUCAUGUGAUGGUUCUGGAAAGGUUUAUGUAUACAUGGACUUGUCAAAAUGACACAAAAAUCUAACAAGCUGUAUCAACUUGCAUUCAAUAUAAACGUCUGAUAUCUUUUGCCAUUUUUUUUGUCCGUUACAAAUGCUCGUUAUUCUAUGUUUUGUGAAAAGAAAAGGACUUUUCCAGUACUCUGGCACGGUCUGAGCAGUUGGAAGCAAGCACUUAGCUAAACAAAGCCUCUUUUUCUUCUUCCCUUUUUUAUUUUUUUCUGCCAAAAACACCACAUUUAGGAAACUGUACGUUUUUCUACAGAUUUUUUCUUACUUUAUAUGGUGCUACGUUGUCACUGAAUAUGUUCAGUUUCAAUCCCAGAGCACCCAAAAUUGUAUUUGAUAUAUGUCACAGGAAGAAGAGAAAUGACAUCAUUAGGCUGAUAUAUGACCUCACAACUUUCUUGAAUUUCAAAUAAAUACAUACACAGGGCUUCACACAUUUUCCAAUAAAAAAUUUCUAAAAAUAUGAUUUUGCUAAACUCUUUUGAAUCCUUAUCACAAUGGCGAUGUUUUUCUCACUAGAAAACUCGGUUCAGAAUCAGUUCUGAAUCAAUUGCGCUAAUUCUCUUAGCCCUAGAGUAUAAGGUUACAGAGCUAUGUCGUAGAAACUCGAUGGCGAGUAGAAGCAAACUAAAAGAGAAAAUCAUCCCAAUCUUCUCAAACAUAUUUACUCAUACCAUACACAGGACCACCAUCAGAAAUCACAGGGCCCCAUACGACAACAUUUCCUGGGCUGCACACACCACAAGCCCCACCUACAGGUCCACCCUCCCCACCCCACAGGUCCGCCCCCCACCACACAGUAAAAAAACUAAAAAAAUAUUGGUGGCUUGGGUUCCCACAUGUUAAUAAAAAAUAAAAAGAUAUUGGUGGUCAGGGCCCCCCAUAAAACAACAUUUGUGGCCAGGGCCCCCCAUUAAAAAAUAUUGGUGGCUAGGACCCCACAUGAGAAAAAAAAUUGGAAUGUAUCAUUUCAACUGAUAAUUGCCUGAACUGUGAUAUAAAGUUUCUUUAGUUAGCAUUGUCAUAGGCAAACGCUAACCUUCCAGAAGUAUUUCUGUCCUUUUUAAGAACAGCACUUCAAAGAAGAUAGAUAUUAUAGAUAUGCACACAUACAGUAUGGUGCUAACGUUAGAGAGUCCUAGAGUUUCCUGCUGGAGCCUCAUACCCCAAGAGAUAUUCAUAAGAUCUUAGAGGCAACCUAGUAGUUACUAAAUAACAGUGAAAAACAAAGAACUGCUCUAAAUCACCAUUCUGUUUAAUGCAAUACUGAAAGACAAGAGGCAGGCAUGGCAGAGUUUGCACAUGAGAUGGUAAUAGGUCAGUGACCUUAGUAUUGCACUUCAAAAGGGCUUCCACUUGCUAUCUAAUAUUAGGCCAAGCAAUGGCAAGCCACAUGUAUAGAGGUGCUAUCAUAGGUUGUCGUCAUGAGUCCUUUUUAGGGGAAUUUCAGAACAUUUCUAGUAGGCGUUCUGUCAUUUCAACAUUUUCAAUAACAAGAUUUAUGGUCAUUUGUGGUCCAAGUAUAUGAGACAUUCCUCCUACCUGUCUUUCAACCCAUCCAUGGCAUGUUUUCUGGAUCUGUCAGAACUCCAAACUUAGGGGGUUAUUUAUUGAAGUCUGAAAUUUAAAAAAAUUGAGUUUAUUUCACUUUAAAAUAUUUGUGGGGGAAAAAAGUGAAUUUUUUCGAGAUUUAUUAUACCCCGAGGAUGGAAAAAGUUUGAAUCCGAAAAUCCUCCAUCCCAGGCCUACAGAGGUUGUAUAUAAGUCAGUGGGUGAGGUCCCUCUGUUUCUGUGGUCUUCACUGGAAUUAGCCUGAAACUAUUUCGGGCUUUUUGAGCUAAAAUCCAAAAAAUGUGUACUUUUCGGGAAAAAGCAGAAAAAAAUGUACGAUUUGAUUUGAAUUUUCGCUCUAUUUUAUGGAGUUUUUCCCCAAUCCGAUUUUAUAAUAAUAAAUAAGGUCAAAUCGUCAAUUCUACUUUGCUCUGACAUUUUAAAAUAAAAUUUUAAGAAAAAUUCGGGUUUUGAAAAAUAACCCCUUUAGUGAUCCACUAACCAACUUUUUUUAAAACAUUUAAUAUUUUAAUAUUUCAGGCAAAUUUUGGUCAGUUUGGAAAUUUGUUUUGGAAAAAUGCAAAUGAUCCUCAUGAAAAACUAAAAGAUUGCUGGUUUGAGAAGCGUGAAAUCAGUAUUCGAAUAAGAUCAAUAUUAAGGAGAACCAUGGAUGUAUUUGGUGCGAAUAAAUGGAUGCCAAUAUGGCGCCCCUGCAGUUAUUGAUACAGAACUGUUCUCUUGACUAGCUGACUGACAAUAACUAGUCUAAUACAGUGCCUGCUUGGCUUAGUUAAACUAAAAUUAAACACUGCCAAUAAAAUUUAAAACAAAUAUUCUUGUGCUGUGGAUAUCAUGCAUGUUGCGUACAAAAAUGUUUCCAGGCAAUGUUGAUGUCUUGUUGUGUCUGUGUGGGUUUCUUCCCAAAAACAUACAAGCAGGUUCAUUGGCUCCAGAUAAAAUUGAUCCUUUUGUGAGUGUGAAUAAGGACAUAGAUUGUAAGCUCCACUGGGGCAAGGACUGAUGUGAAUGAUGUAUAAACUCUGUAAAGUGCAAAUGUGUCAGCACUAUAUAACUUAUGGCUAAUAUUAUUUGUAACUCCUUUUGUAUAUGAAACACAGCAGAAGUCAAGUUGGGCACAAAUGCUUGAUCAGCCCAGGCUGGUAACUGUUAUUAAACUCAUUGUACAUACGUCUGUGUUUUUUUUAGAAAUAACAUUCCCUAUUUUUGUAAACUCUAUGCAUUUGUACCAAGCCUAUGUUGCAUGAAGUAUAUGAUAACAUUUUAAAAAUGUUAUUUUUAAAGUCUUAUGUAUGACAUGUUUUAUCACAGAAAAUAAAAUGCAGUUUAACAAUUAAA